UUUCUCCCUUCUUCUUUUUUCCAUGCGUUUCUCUGUUUACGCAUUGAUGGUGGUUUUAUGUUGUGAAGAUGCUAUGUGCUGAUGUUGAAUAGGUGGUUUGACCAGCUUGAGCUUGUGGGUGUUUUGGUGGAGGACCCGACCGUAAUCUGAAUCACAUAGGUGUCAAAAAAAAAAAAUUUAGCCCACCCCUGUAAAAAAAUCCUAAAUCCGUCAUUGGUGAUCAUGGCUCGGUUUAGGCACCAAAAACCCUCCUCUUCCAAUUCUUCUCCUUGUCGAUGUCGUUAUGACGUGUUCUUGAGUUUCAGGGGCAAAGACACUCGAAAGACUUUCACAGACCAUCUCUACGCAGCCUUUGUGGAGAAAGGCUUUCCCACGUUCCGAGACAAAGAAGAAGUUGAGAGGGGAGAAGGUAUAAAGCCAGAAUUGCAGAAAGCCAUCCAACAGUCGCGAAGCUCUGUCAUUGUUUUUUCAAAAGACUACGCGUCUUCCGGAUGGUGCCUUGACGAGCUUGUCUUCAUCCUUGAACACAAGAGGAUCUCCUCAGACCAUGUAGUUUUACCAGUCUUCUACGACGUCGAUCCUUCCCACUUGAGGAACCAGACAGGAAGGGUUGGAGAAGCAUUUUCUAGGCAUGAAGAAAAUCAGCAAUCACCCAACAAGAUCAAACAAUGGAGGGUAGCACUUAGAGAAGUUGCAGAUCUAUCAGGGAUGGUCUUAAAAAAUCAAGCUAAUGGGUACGAGUCAAAGUUUGUCAACCAAAUUAUUAAAGUGAUUGACGACAAACUAAGUCGCAUGCGCACACCCUUUACUAUUGCACCCUACCCGACUGGAAUGGAUUCUCGAGUUGAAUUUAUUAAUUCAUGGUUACAGGAUGGAUCAACCGAUGUUGGUAUACUUUUAAUUAAUGGGGUUGGGGGAAUUGGAAAGACAACCAUUGCGAAAUUUGCUUACAAUUCAAACUACAGAGGAUUUGAACGGAGCUGUUUCCUUGAAGAUGUCAGGGAAACUUCAAAACAGCCCAAUGGUUUAGUUCUACUGCAAAGACAAUUCCUUCACCAUAUUAUGAGUGGAAGAGAAGUGAAAAUACAUAGUGUCGGUGAGGGAAAUAAAAAGAUUAGAGAUGCCAUAAUAUCUAAAACAGUUCUUCUUGUUCUUGAUGAUGUCGAUCAUAUGAAGCAAAUAGGUGCAAUAUUUUCUAUGCAAGAUUGGUUUUGUCCAGGAAGUAAAAUAAUGAUAACAACUAGGUGUGCAGGGUUGUUGAGGGAUCAUGAACUCUCUAAUUGUACAGUUUACAAUGUUGAAACUCUGAAUGCCAAUGAAUCACUGCAACUCUUCAGUUGGCAUGCUUUUCGACAAGCCCAUCCACGUGAAGAUUGGAUGAAACUUUCAGAAAUGAUAGCAGAUCGAUGCGGAGGACUUCCAUUAGCUCUUCAAAUUUUGGGUUCUUCUCUAUCAGGACGACCUAUAGAUGUGUGGAAAAGUGCACUGGAGAAAUUAAAAGCUAUUCCAAAUAAUGAAAUCCUACAAAGACUCAGAAUAAGCUAUGAUGCUUUACAGGAUAACCCCGAUGACCAAAAUUUAUUCCUUCACAUUGCAUGUUUCUUUGUUGGGAAGAGAAAAGAUUAUAUUGUUAGAAUACUAGACGGAUGUGAUUUCUUCACAGUCGUUGGCAUUGAAAAUCUUAUGGAUAGAUGCUUGGUAACAGUUGAUCAAGAUGAGAAAGUGAGUAUGCAUCAAAUGAUAUGUGAUAUGGGAAGAGAAAUUGUUCGCCUAGAAUCCAAGGAGCCUGCGAAUCGUAGUAGAUUGUGGAAUGAUAAGGAUUCCUUCAAUGUAUUGAGAGAAAAGAGUGGUACAGAAACCAUUGAAGGCCUUGCCUUGGAUAUGCAUAUGCACUCGUUAAACACUCCUUGGGGAAACUCAGAUGAGGAAAAUUUCCGAAAGGAUUAA